AUGGUGUGGGACCUCAUCACCAACAACUGCAGCCUCGUGGACUUUCCACCAGAGAUCUACAUGAUGUACAUGAUCUACACCGUGGCAGUGCUAUGCUCUGCCAACGACAAAGGUCACGUCCAUGGUAGCUAUCACUCGUGCCCUUUUAAAGUGGUCCUGCUGGGCACCUAUGUUGGCCAUGGUGAUCAGCUCGUCAAGGGUGUUUAUUCCCCGACACCGCCUUAUGGGGUGAUCUCACCUCAACAGUUCUUCCAGAUAAGUAUUUGUAUGGAUAUUUUUAGUUCGAGCACACUUGUUGGUAGCACCCUUUACUGGUCGAGUGGCAGUGUCAUAAUUGCGUUUGACAGUGAUAAACAGAGGCUAGCUGCAAUCAAAAAGCCUUUUAGGGUGAAACGUGGUGACAAUGUUCAGAUCAUCCAGGUGGAGGAUGGCGGUCUUGGCUUAGCUGCUUUCCAGGGUUCUGACCACAACAAACGUUGCCUCAAAAUAUGGGAGACGAAUCCUAAUACUUAUGGUGCUGCUACAUGGGUGUUGAGGAAUUCCGUUGUACCGCAGAAGAUAUUUGGGGAUUAUAUUUGGGGGCUGCAAGGGGAAACCCUAGGCCCCCUUCUCCUCGCCUAUCAGCGGCCGACAAUGGAGGGCGGGCUCUCGGCUACGGCGGUGCCCAGGCGUGUGCGGUGUCUCCGGACUAUGCGAUAUGCUUGGUGUCUCCGGCGGCAACCAUGGCCAGCCUUGGAUGGUCGCCGGCAUGGGGGCCAGACCUGA